AUGGCAGUCAGCAACCCACUCUCCCCCAAGUCUCAUCAAGACCUCAAUAUGGCCAUGCCUAUUCCUCCACCACUCCUUCACACUCGUGCUGGGAAUGAGCUGUACGAUCGUCCUCAGACUCCUACCUCUGCAGGCCAUGGCUUCACCAGCCCGGUCCAAACCCCUCAAGGCAGCCCCAGCAAGAAGCAAUUGCCCCCCGGUGCAAAUGACUUGCCAAAUGUGUUCGACAAUGCCAUGAAGCUAGCUCCUAUCUCCCCAACCAAGAGUCAACCUAAGUCCCCGUCUAAGCUUGACAAUGUUUACAAAGACCCUUUUGCUGACACUACCAUUCAACACUAUGGCCGUUCCGAGAGUCCUACUCGCCAGUCGAACAAAGAGAACGCACCAGCAAGUGGGGUCAAGUAUGGCACAGAUGCACAUCAAAACCACGCUGCCAUGUCAAGGCACGAACAAUAUCACAAGUCUGAAUCGAAGAAGAUCACAAAAGGUCUAACUGCGGAAGAACUCGAAAAGUUACGACUUCCAAAGGUCAAGCGACUGGCCAAUGUCACUCAAUUGUAUUUCCUCGAUCAUUACUUCGACCUCCUUUCGUACGUCCACAACCGUCAGUCAAGGGAAACCCAAUUCAAGGCUGCAUUCCCUGCUCCACCAGACACCCCUCGGGAGGAGUAUGACGCUGCUCUUCACAAAUACCUUGGUCGAGAGCGCGCUAAUCUACGCAAGCGACGAACACGUCUCCGACACGGCGACUUCCAAAUUUUGACCCAGGUUGGCCAGGGUGGCUAUGGACAAGUCUAUCUCGCUCAGAAGAAGGACACUAGAGAAGUCUGCGCACUCAAAGUCAUGAGAAAGAAAUUACUUUUCAAACUUGACGAAGUGCGACACAUUCUAACUGAACGAGAUAUCCUGACGGCUGCCAAGUCUGAAUGGUUGGUCAAGUUGCUUUACUCCUUCCAGGACGAUGAACAGAUCUACCUUGCCAUGGAAUACGUGCCAGGAGGUGAUUUCCGAACUCUACUCAAUAACACUGGUGUGCUUCACAACAGACAUGCACGGUUUUACAUCGCUGAAAUGUUUUCCUGCGUCGAUGCCCUCCACACCCUUGGCUACAUUCACCGAGACUUGAAACCAGAGAACUUCUUGAUUGACGCUACUGGCCACGUCAAGUUGACUGAUUUUGGUCUUGCGGCCGGAAUGUUGAGCCCCUUCAAGAUUGAAAGCAUGAGAAUCAAACUCGAGGAGGUCGGCAAUACACCAGUUCCCUUUGGAAUGCAGCCUAUCGAAGACCGUUCUGCAGAUCAGCGAAGAGAAGGUUAUCGUUCCCUUCGAAAGAGGGACGUUAACUAUGCCAAGUCUAUUGUCGGCUCUCCAGAUUACAUGGCUCCAGAGGUCCUCAAAGGCGAACAAUACGAUUUCACUGUCGACUACUGGUCCCUAGGUUGCAUGCUUUUCGAAGCUCUCGCUGGGUAUCCUCCAUUUGCUGGCGCCACCGUUGAUGAAACCUGGCAAAAUCUGAAGAGAUGGCAACGAGUUCUCCGCAAGCCCAUCUACGAUGAUCCAAAUUAUUUCUUGAGCAAGCGUACUUGGGACCUCAUUACUCGCCUUGUCGCUUCUAAAGACCAUCGCUUCAAGAACAUUUCUGAGAUUCAUAAGCAUGAAUACUUCGCCGAGGUCGACUUCAGUUCCCUUCGCGAGCAGAAAGCCCCAUUCGUCCCUGAACUUGAUUCGGAGACUGAUGCUGGCUAUUUCGAUGACUUCAGCAACGAGGCCGACAUGGCUAAAUACAAGGAAGUGCACGACAAGCAGAGAGCGUUGGAAGACAUGGCUGAUCGAGAUGAAAAGAUGAACAAGGGCAUGUUUGUCGGCUUCACUUUCAGACAUCGUAAACUCGAGACAGAGGGUGGAAGCCCACGCAAACGAAUCGAGACAGAUGGAACAUUCGGAACGAUCAUCUAG